AUGCGAGAUCUUCAUGGCUUAACAUUGCCAGUAGACUGCAGAGGUUCAAAACCAGCAAUCAUUGUCUCAGAAGACACUAAUGAUGAAAAAAUUAUUGGCGGUUUUGUUGGUAAUAUUAUCAAGGCUUUUGCUAAGAGGCACAAUGCCAAAUUGAAUACUUCGAAUGCAAGGGAUGUGAUAACGCCGAUAAGUAUGUAUAAAUUAGUGUUAAACGGAACAGUUGAAAUACCAUGUAGUGAUAUGUUAAUUCUACAAAAUUCAAAUAUUUGGUUUUCAUAUCCAUUUACUCAAUUAGCUUGGGGAGUAAUAGUGCCGGUAGAAGAUCAUAUUCCAAUUUAUAAAAUAUUUGCAUUUAUUUUCUAUUGGAAAGCGUUUGCAGUGACAGUUUUGGUAUUAAUUUUACUUUCUAUUUUAACUGAGGUUUCUGCUUUUCGCAGAGGAUCACAAAGAGCCUUUGUUAUACGUGAUUUAUUCUUCAACAUUGAUUGUUUUUGUGGAAUACUCGGUCAGACAUUUUCUGAAGAACCAAAUGCUUCUUUUACAACGAAAAUUAUCUAUUUGCUGAUAUUUUUGCUUGGAAUUAUGAUAGUCACUUCAUACAAUGCAUUUCUUCAAUCUUUCAUGACUGAACCACCAGGAGGAAAAAUUAUAAAAUCUUUUGACGAUUUUAAAUCCUUUAAUUUAAAAAUCUAUACAACUGAUAUUAAUAUCCAAUUAAUGAGGCAACUUCGACCGACAAUUAUGGAAAAGUAUUCAAAUUUAUUUAUCAGUGAAAAAAACUUUGAAACAUAUACAAGAAUUCUAAAUAAUUUAGAUACCAAAUAUGCCUACACUUUGCCUGAAUACAAAUGGGAAGUUUAUAAAAAUGAACAAAACUUUUAUGGUCGACAAUUGUUUCGUUGGUCUGAUGACUUGGUUCUAUUGAAAAAUGUUUUAGCGGCUAUUUCAAUAAAUGAAAAUUCAAUUUAUAGAAAUGCUCUAAGCUUUCAUAUCUUGGAAAUACAGUCGAGUGGUCUGAUGAAUUACUGGAGGAAGAAAACUUUUUAUGAAUUAUUGAGCUUUCGAAAGAUUACAAAGUUAAAUUUGGGAUUUGAUUCGAGAGUGAAAGCGCUGAUAGUUGAAGAUCUGAAGUGGAUUUUGAUAUCGUUGGGAUUGGCAUAUGUUGUCACUGUUGCGUGUUUUUUAGGAGAAAUUUGUAUUUAUAAGUGGAAGAAUUGA